AUGAAGGCAACUUUUACUCAUAUGUUAUUUGCUACAAAUCUUACCGGCGAGUGUCAAUGGUUGUUGGAUGAUAUUACACUGUUGUCUAAUAUGGAUUCUAAAUCAAGAGCUACUAUACAUGCAAUUCGAGCAGCUGUAUUUACUGAAUAUGGUGGAAGUCGUCACAUUUUUAAAAGAGCUUGUAAAAGUGCAAAAAAAGCAUGCGAUUUAGAUCCUAAUACUUCACAUUGGUUUUAUAUUCAUUCAAUUGCUUUGACAACUCAAAGACAGUUUAUACAGUCACAUAAAUCAUAUCCAACUGAUAGUGAAAUAAAUGCUAUUCAGCAAGCAAUUUUGUUAUCUGACGGAAAAAAUACUGCUUUCAACUACCAUAGAAUGAUAUUAGAUAAAGACACUGCAAUUCAGUAUUAUCAUGAUAAUGAAAAUAAUCAUGAUAAAUUGUGGAUUGAAAAAAAUCGGCAGGCGAAUAAAACAAUUGUUCAAAUGAUUAAAACUAUUAUAAGCAUGGAUCCAAAAGACCCUCAUUUGGUAGUUAAAUGUGCUAGAACAUUAAUGACUCUUCCAAUUAUGGUACGUGAUUUUAAUUUGGGAAAACAAUAUUUGAUAAAAGCCUUUGAUAUGGCACCAAAUGAUGUGACUGUUUUAAAAUCUAUUGAAAAAACAAUUGAAGUUUAUAAAGAUAUUUCUAAAAAACAAAGACCUAGCAGAACAACUGAAACAAAAAAAAAUCAUCCACCACUGAAGAAUAAAACACAAAAAUUAGGAAUGGAUUUAGGACUUAUAGUAACAAAACAAAUGAAUGGGGAAGAUCCUAUUCCUUACCUUAUUAAUUUGAUUUCUAAAUAUGAUGGGCUUGAUAAAUCAAAAAUUAUAGCUCAAUUAUGUUCGUAUAUAAUAUUAUUCACAAACAACCUAAGAUCUGGCGUUGAAGAGUUUAUAAAGUUGAUUGAACAACCAGGAAUUGCCAACAAUUUUAUAAUUACGCAACAUUUUUCAUCAUUUGGUUCAAAGAAGUUUCAUUUAGCAGAACUUAUUUGUAAUGAAAUUAGAUUGGCUACAAAUUCAAGUAGCACCGCUCCUGCGGAUAUGUUGUACUUUUUUAAAAUGUUAACUAAAAUCAUGGAAACUUGUAACUUACAAAUGAAAGAUGUUGAUUCUUCUUCGAAGACUAAGAUCAUUGAUUCAUCCGUGAAAUCUUCAUUUCCUAAUACAACUCAUCAAAGUGAAACGGGUUCAUCAGAUAACGAGAGUGUUGAACAAGUUUCAGUUAAACGCAGAACAUUGUUUAAUAAUGUUUCAAAAAAACAGAAACCCAAAAGUAAUAAAAAAAAACGAAAACAACUCCCGGCGAAAAAUAAAAUAUCAAAAUUGGGAACGGAUAUAGGAUUUAUAGUGAAAAAACAAAGAAAUGGAGAAGAUCCUGUUCCUCUCCUCACUAAUUUGCUUUCUAAAUAUGAUGGAGAAUAUAAAUUAAAAAUUAAGGCUCAGCUUUGUUCUUACACUAUAUUAUUCGAAAACAACCUAAGAUCUGGAGUUGAACAGUUUAUUAAGUUGAUUGAACAAUCAGAAAUUGUCAGUAAUGAUGUAAUUACAAAACAUGUUUCAGCAUUUGGUUCAAAGACAUUUAGUUUACCAGAGCUUAUUUGUAAUGAAAUCAGAUUGAUUACAAAUUUAAGUGGCACUUCUUCUGAUAUGCUCUAUUAUUUUAAAAUGUUAACUAAAAUCAUAGAGACAUGUAAUUUAAAACUUAAUGAGGUUGACUCAUCUAUGAAGAGCAAGCUCGUGAUUGAUUCUUCAGUCUAUCUAUCUAAUGUUUAUUGUUGCAGUAUGUCUACAGUUUAUCGACCAUAUGAUUAUACCUACAUACUACUAUAA